AUGAGUGGACUCGAGGUACUUGGAGCGAUAGCAGGAGGUAUUCAACUAGCGAACUACAUGAUCAAGAUUGCCAAGAAGGUACGACGUCUUUCGUUGGAGGUCAAGAUUGCUAGGCGAGAAAUUGGUGAUCUUGCCGAUGAGCUCUUCUGUCUUUCAAAUCUCAUGAUCGACUUCGAAAAGGUCAUUGCAUAUCUCAAUCGGACUUCAACCGUAUCCGAUGACCGAAACAGACAAGCCAAUGUUGCUCAAAGACUCAGUGAUCAGACCGGAAAGUCACUGAGUAAACUAGGUCAACUACUAAAGGUGGCAGAUCCUCUGCUCGAUCCCAACUCGACUAUUGGACAGCGUGGAUACGGGCACUGGAAUUGGUGGAGAGAAAAAGAGUCUGUGGUCUAUCUCAAGACUCAUAUCAUGGUUAUCAAAGACACUUUGACCCUCUUUGUCGCAAUUCUACUCCUACAGCAAACUAUCGACGGAGUUGAAGUCCCACAGGGGUCUUUUUCUUCUUCCGAAAUCAUGGCGUUGCGGAUUGAGCUUAUACGAGCAGGCCGCCGAAAGGUAAACAAAGGGAUCGACAAGCUGCAGAACCUGUACAUCCACUUAAACGAUGCAAGCCUGGUGGCACGCAUCGAUAUCGAGGAUAUCCUCUCGGUCGUGAACGACACGAAACUUGCGGCGCAAAUAUCUUGUAAAACCGCAAAGCUGGUGCAGGACUCGUCUGCCACACCCUCUACACUAUCGAGAAACGCGUCCAGCUCCAACAGUCCGAUCACUCCACGGGACCCCGAUGGUAUACGAUGUUAUGCUUCUGGUCGACAAAACUCAACUACUGAGUUCGAUCUACCGACCACUCAUAGUAUGGAAGUACAUCCAAGUUGGAAUCCAAGGGGCUCGCUGAAUCCUUUUGUGACCUCGGACUCUCUUGGAGAGGUGAGUGGAGAAACCAAUGUUCGAUCACAAAGUUUCCCAAAGUAUCCAUCGACACAUACGCCGACACAUACGUCUCGUCAAGGAGGACAUGGAAACACGUCUCAUCGACCCAUAGUAACAUCAGAGUCAGGCCAGUUGGAAAGCCAUAUGCAAACAAAUACCCGCACGCACUCGCCUCACCAGCAAACCACUACUGGCAACCAAAAAGACCCGAAAUCUUCGUCUGCGCCGCGAAACCUAAAGACAGAAAGGCAUGAUGUGUCAGGGGCGGCACAUAAUCGAUACCGUGCCUAUAACCCGUUCGAAAAAUCAUUACAAUCUGAUCGCCAGGCUCAACAUAGCACAAAUUCGAAAACUACUGGCGGCGUACAGUAUCGCCCAGCCGGUCCUUCCAGUCAAAGUCACACUUGA